AUGUUCCAGUACUUGUUUUUCUGCAUUUACUUUGUUGUCCAGCUCCAGCCAGUGUCUUCAAUGGCCCUGGACCCCUGCUCGGCCUACAUCAGCCUGAACGAGCCCUGGAGGAACACGGAGCACCGCAUCAACGGCUCUCACGGGCAGCCCACGUGCGACAGCGGCAUCGACGGCGAGUGGUAUCGCUUCACGGGCAUGGCCGGGGACGCCAUGCCCACCUUCUGCAUCCCCGAGAACCACUGCGGCACGCACGCCCCCCUCUGGAUGAACGGCAGCCACCCGCGCCCGGCCGACGGCAUCGUGCGGCGCCAGGCCUGCGCCAGCUUCAGCGGCAACUGCUGCCUCUGGAACGCCAGCAUCGAGGUCAAGGCCUGCCCGGGGGGGUACUUCGUGUACCACCUCAGCAAGCCCAGCGUCUGCUUCCACGCCUACUGCGGCCAUUUUUAUGACAUCUGUGAUGUGGUGGAUUGCCAGGACUCCUGCCUGGACACCGGUGACUGCACGUGUUCCCCGGGUACGACACUCGGACACGAUGGCCAGACAUGCCUUGAUGAAAAUGAGUGUGAGCAGAACAACGGGGGCUGCAGCGAGUUCUGCGUUAACCUGAAGAAUUCCUUCCGCUGCGAGUGCGGGGUCGGGCGCACACUGGGCAGCGAUGGCAAAACCUGUGAAGAAAUUGAAGGCUGUCACAAUAACAACGGAGGCUGCAGCCAUACCUGCAUUGAAGUGGAAGGCACCUACCAGUGUGAAUGUCCCAGGGGACUUGUUCUGGCAGAAGACAACCACACUUGCCAGGUUCCAGUGCUGUGCAAGUCCAGCUCUAUUGAGGUGAACAUCCCAAAGGACCUGGUUGGAGGCCUGGACCUUUCCCUCAUCAACACUUCGUGCAAAGGCGUGUCCAAUGGCACUCAUGUCAACAUCCAUUUCUCCCUGAAGUCCUGUGGAACUGUUGUGGAUGUAAUCAAUGACAAAAUCAUUGCCACCAACCUGGUGACCGGCUUGCCCAAGCAGACCCCGGGGAGCAACGGGGACAUCAUUGUGCGCACCAGCAAGCUGCUGAUCCCGGUGACCUGCGAGUUCCCGCGCCGCUACACCAUCUCCGAGGGCUACGUGCCCAACCUCAAGAACUCUCCCCUGGAAAUCAUGAGCCGCAGCCAGGGCGUCUUCCCCUUCACCCUGGAGAUCUUCAAGGACAAGGACUUUGAUGAGCCCUACAGGGGUGACCUUCCCACCCUCAAGCUAAGGGACUCCCUGUACUUUGGGAUUGAGCCCCUGGUGCACGUCAGUGGGCUGGAGACGCUGGUGGAGAGCUGCUUUGCCACUCCCACCUCCAAAAUUGAUGAGAUCCUGAAGUACUACCUGAUUCAAGAUGGCUGUGUUUCUGAUGAUUCCGUGAAGCAGUACACGUCAAAGGACCAUCUUGCCAAGCACUUCCAGGUUCCUGUGUUCAAGUUUGUGGGCAAAGACAACAAGGAGGUGUUCCUGCACUGCCGCAUCCUGGUGUGCGGGGCGCUGGACGAGAGCUCGCGCUGCGCCCAGGGCUGCCGCAGACGCGCGCGCAGGGCGGCCGGGCAGCGCGAGGAGCGGCAGGACCAGGAGCCUGUUCACGUGGCAGACCACAUCCUGACAGGAGGCCCCAUCAGGAUCGACUUUGAGGACUGACAGCCACCCUCUGGAACAGCAUCCCUGGCCUUUCUUAUCACUGCCUUCUGUUGUGGUUGGUUGAGAAGCCAGAGGUAUUUGUUAAAGCCCCGCUGCAACCUCAGGACUCAUUUCCUUAACUCUGUGGUGAUUAUUUGUGGUUUGGGCCCAUGAGGUGGCCCUUGGAGUGUGACCUGGACUGCAGAGCAGUUUGGUUUUAUCUGCAUUUCUCCCCACCAAUCCUUUAGCUGAAGGGACCCUGUUUCUUCGCAGGCCGGAAAUGUUACCCAACUUUGCCUUUCCCUACAUCCACCUACAGGCCCCAGGACUGUUUGUCCUUGACUAAACAAAUGUUAUCCAAGCCCUUCUUGCAUCAGACAGUACAAAUAGUAUCAUAGCUGAGUGUGUUUGCUGUGCAGCUCUGUGAGUGAUGCUGAAGAUUUCAGGUGACUGUUAAUAGAAACUUCUAUAAAAUAUAUCUCAUCAUGUGUAAGUUCCUUGGAGCAAUGCAAUUGUCAUUACAGGCAGCUAAAGCUCAGAUCUAUCACAGGCACAUUGAAAUGGGAUUUUAAAUAGCAAAAGGUAUUUAAUGAGAUUUGAUUUUUUUAGUGGCUUUUAAUAAUUGCAUGAAUUUUAAUAGUGUUUCCUCCUGUAUUUAGUGUAUCAUCAUUCUUCUCCCUCUUCUCCCACCACCAAAAAUGCCUUUCC